GGCAGCUCCUUGAUCAUAUUCUCAUCACUUCCUCUCUCCGGUUAAAUAACAACCGACACAGACCCUAUCCCAACUGAUCUUUUCCCUCGUGGUUGUGGCCCUCCCCAAGCCAUCAUUCCCUUAUUGUGGUCCAAGCGCGCAUUCAUAAAUUAAUACUAUAUUAUGAUCUCCCUGUCCAUGCCCCCGAGCGUCCUGCUCUCCCCAGUUACUCCAUCUCCAAACUCGUCCUCCUGGCACACCGCACGCACAGGCCUCUCGCCCACCCCUCAGCAGCCAUGUACGCCCACGGAGAUCGUCCCGCGUCUCUACAUCUCCGAUCUCGCGUCCGCCGAAAGCGCAGCCAGCCUUCGCGCACACGGCAUCACGCACGUCCUCAGCGCGAUGUGUGGACGCGUCAUCCUCCCGCCAGACGUGCCUAUCAAGCAGCUCCAGCUUCCCCUCCAAGACAGCCCGUUCGCGGAACUCGCGGAAUUCCUCCCCACGUCCACCGCGUUUGUCGCGAACGCGCUGCGCGACCCAAACGCCCGCGUGCUCGUGCACUGCGUGCAGGGCGUCUCCCGGAGCUCGAGCGUCGUGUGCGCGUACCUCAUCGCGGAGUACGGCUGGACACCAGACCGUGCAUUGCAGUUCUUGCUGUCCAAGUACAGUCAGGCGGAGCCAAACCCCGGGUUCAUCAUGCAGCUGAAUGAAUAUGCCCGCUCGUUACAAGGAUCCGUGCAAUAGCUUUCGCACACGUACGACUGCUACCAGGAUCCGGCCCUGCCUCCUCAUCGCUUUCGCCCCUCCGCAGUCCUCCUCGCCUCACACAGCUCUCAUUGCCUCCUCGCAUCGCUUAAGGCGCGUCAUAACCGAUCGCACCACGCACAAAAAA